AUGGAGAGGGAGCUUCUGCCCCCACCGUGCCAUGAGCACCAAGUCACGAUCUCGAUCAGCAGCGUAGAGCGAAGAGAGGAUGAGGGCGAUGGAAUGGCGCUACGCGACGAAUUCGAGAGGUGGCGCUCGACCACCUACGAACGCAAGCUCAAGCCCGACUGGCGUGCCCUCUUUCUUAGCAACAACGAGGCGACCAGCGUCGAUGGCGACGGCGAUGCGAGUCAACGCGACACCACGAGGGUGGUGCCAUCGGCGCGGAUGCUGUUCGUGUUGCGAGCGUCGAGGCGAGCGAGAUUCGUAUUCACCGAGCGGCGCUACUUCUCGCUCUUCCGCUUCUUCCAGAUGGAGGGCACAAGCUGCGAGGAGCUGUUGAGCGGCCUCGACGUGAUACCACGCUUCGAAGGCCACGUGUUUUGCUACAACUGUGGGAUGUGCGGCCAUCGUGGGGAGGACUGCGCGGCGCGCCCCCUCUUCGAUGACAUGUUCAUGUCCACCCAGCGGUCGCCUCGCGAACGGAAAGCGAUCGGGGGCUGGCAGGGCGGUCCGGGUGCGUGGCUGCCGGCGGCGACCCACGGCAUGACGAUGUGGUCCUACCGCGUGACGCCCAGCAACCCCAACAGCCUCGCGCCACUGUACGCACAGGAGUCGCCGCUGGCCGCGGCGAGCACCAACGACCACGCUGCUGCGAGGGACGUUGAGGAGUCCUCCGGCGGUGUGCCGACAGCGACGGAGAAUGGUGUAGAUACGAGGAAUGACGAUGGUGGAGCGAAGCGGAGGAACGGUCUUGUCGCCGACGGCACUGUACACACGAACAACGACGAUGAAAGCGACGACACGAAGGGGUCGUCGAUAGCCGCCGCCGCCGCCGCCGCCACUUCCACCACCUCCACUGCCAACGGCGUGGCGACGACAAACAAAAAGAAGAAGAAAAAGAAGAAGAAAUCGAAGAAGAGAAAUAACGCGAACACGCCGAGCAGCGAGGCCGCGACGGCGGUAGCAACGACACCAGCCAGCACCGCGACCCAAUCCGAAAACGACGCGAACACGAACGCGAAAGCGAAAGCGGCGGAGGAAAAGCCAACGCCGACGACAGCAAAAGAGCGGGAGAGGGAGGUGGCGUUGGUGCUUACGUCACGCCGUACCGACGCCCUGCAGCAAGCGAUCGAGAUCGUCGCGCGCCUGCUGGCCGACAUCACUCCGCCGCCCACGCCCGGUCGCAACCACGAGCUCCUCGCCGCCCAGGACAACACUGACGCCGCCGCCAACAGCCGCAACGCCGCCGAACGCGUGUCGUUGCCCCAUCCGCCCUACGCCUACACGCCAGCCGGCGGCCACUACCCGCCCAGCCGCUACCCGCCAUCGCCGCACCACUACGUUGCCUUCGCCCAGCACCCUCAGCAUCGACCACCACAGCCACAGCCCCAGCCCGUGGGAUUGCCGCCGCACCAUCCGCACACGCCGCCCGCACACACGGCGACGCCCAACACGCCCGCCGCCACGUCGCUUCACUCGAUGCCUCCGCACCAGGCGGUGGCCUUCCACGGCCAUCCGCCGCCGUCGGCCUACGUGCCAUCGCCGGCCGCCUACCAUCCACCGCCGGCCCUCCCGCCAUCAUCAUCGUCGCCGUCGCCGCCGUCAUCGCCGACGCGCUCCAACGCCGCUCCAAUGCCGUCUCCACCCGCAAGCCCACUCCUCCCGUCAGCCCCGCGGCCGAACUCUCCAGCACCGCCAGCGGUGCCAACGACAACCACCACGACCGCCGCCAGCACGCCGAGCGUCUCCGUGUCGACAUCACUGCAACCAGCAAUGCCCACGCUGGCGGCGGCGCCAGCCCCGGCCCCGUCGUCGCCUCAUCGGUCGACGACGCCUGCGCUCGGACCCUAUCCCCACGUGACCGCGUACCACCCGGUGCCGCCGCCGUCGGUGCGGCACUACUACCCGCCCAACUGGAGCCACUACGCGCCCUAUCUGACCCACCACCACCCGCACCACCCUUACGCCGCGCCUAAUGUCGCCGCCGCGGCCGCCCUCGGCCACCCAUUCGCCACCUCGCUCCACUCGGCAGCCUCGACGUCGAUGACCUCGUCUGCGCUCUCGUCGUCGCUGCUGUCUACACCGCCGUCGCCAGCGUCCAUGUCUCAGCACCACCACCAGGCGUCGUCAUCGCCGACCUUCUCCUUCUCGUCCAUCGCCCUCUCGUGCUCGACGUCGACGGUGUCGGGCGCGAGCCGGCCGGUCACGUUCGCCGUCCACGCUAUCCCCGCCGGCCUCGUCUCGCCCUCCUCUUCGCCGCCAGCCGCCGCCACGCCGUCGCCGCUCCACUCCAUGUACAUGGCGCGGACGUCAUCCGCUCCACUACCCGCAUCCUCUUCACUCUCAUCACCAUCUUCGCCUUCAUCGUCAUCUUCUUCUUCGGUGUUGUCUCCACCGACUUCGCCGCACAUCCGACGCCUCUCCUCGCCCGCCAUCGCUGUCCCUGCCACUUCACACCCACCACCGCCUCACCAUCCCGCUCCUUCGUCAUCGCCAUCGUCAGCGUCAUCAACACCGGCGUCGCCUUCCCAUCGAGUGGCGCGUCCCUCUUCGCCCGCCUUCGGCGCGCCGUCAUCGCCCACCACCGUCGCCCACCGAGUCGCCUUCCCCGUACCCGUGCAAGGCGCCAAAUGA